CGACGUCUGCGCUCCUCAAAACUUCGCACGGAUAUAACGUACUCUCUUCCUAUCCAGUGGCCCCUCGAAUUCCUAUCCGCGGUGCCUGGUCUGGCCGCCUCGAGGUCUCGUCUCUCCACAAAACCCCACCGUGAGCCGCGACGAUGCGCUUAGACGUCAAGAGGCAAUUGUUUGCUAGGUCGGAGAGGGUCAAAGGAAUCGACUUCCACCCCACCGAGCCAUGGAUUCUCACGACGCUGUACAGCGGACACUGCCAUAUCUGGUCGUUUGCGACGCAGCAGAUUGUGCGGACGUUUGAGCUUACGGAUGUUCCUGUGCGCGCGGGACGGUUCAUUGCGAGGAAGAAUUGGAUUGUAGCUGGCUCCGAUGAUUUUCAGUUGAGGGUGUACAACUACAAUACGGGAGAGAGGGUGACGGCUUUUGAGGCCCAUCCAGACUAUAUUCGCGCUAUUGUGGUCCAUCCUACACAGCCUUUCGUUCUCACAGCUUCAGAUGACAUGCUGAUCAAGCUCUGGAAUUGGGAUCUGGGUUGGAAAUGCGUCCAAGUGUUCGAAGGCCACUCCCACUAUGUCAUGGGCCUCGCCAUCAACCCUAAGGACCCCAACACCUUCGCCUCCGCCUGUCUAGAUCGCACCGUCAAGAUAUGGUCGCUGGGAAGCUCAACACCCAACUUCUCCCUCGAGGCUCACGACACCAAGGGCGUGAACCACGUCGACUACUAUCCGCAAUCGGACAAGCCAUACCUCCUCACCACCUCAGACGACCGCACCAUCAAGAUCUGGGAUUACACAUCGAAGGCGUUGAUCGCUACACUGGAGGGGCACACGUCAAAUGUGUCGUUUGCGUGCUAUCAUCCCGAGUUGCCUGUCAUAAUAUCAGGUUCGGAAGACGGGACGGUCAAGAUCUGGCAUGCCAAUACCUACCGGCUAGAACAGUCACUCAACUACGGAUUGGAGCGCGCGUGGUGUGUAUCGUAUCAGAGAGGCAAAAAUGGUGUAGCGUUCGGCUUCGAUGAUGGAGCUGUAGUGGUCACUAUGGGACGGGAAGAACCUGCUGUUAGCAUGGAUGGAUCUGGAAAGGUCAUCUGGGCGCGGCAUAAUGAAAUUCUCACCGCUGUGAUCAAGGGAAAUGAGAAGUUGAAGGAUGCUGAGACUCUCACUCUUCCGACCAAGGACUUGGGAUCAACAGAAAUCUACCCGCAAUCGCUAAUACACUCUCCCAAUGGCCGUUUCGUUGCUGUUUGCGGUGAUGGCGAGUACAUCAUCUACACGGCUCUUGCGCUGCGAAAUCAGGCUUUCGGAUCUGCUUUAGACUUCUGCUGGGCUUCGAAGGAGCACGACAAGGACUAUGCGAUUCGCGAAUCAGGAACGAGCGUAAAGAUUUUCCGAAACUUCAAAGAGCGAAGCGUGCUGAACGUGGGAUACUCCGCGGAUGGCUUGAGCGGUGGUGUGCUCUUGGGAGUCAAGGGCCAGGGAGGAAUCGGUCUCUUUGAUUGGGACACUGGUGCUCUCGUCCGCCGUAUUGAGGUUGAGCCCAAGAGCGUAUACUGGUCAGAAAGCGGUGAACUCUGCACCCUCGCAUGCGAGGACACUUUCUACGUUCUCCGCUAUUCACGUGAGGAUUACCUAGCUGCCGUACAGUCCGGAGAGGUUGACGAAGACGGCGCCGAGUCCGCAUUCGAGGUCGUCUGCGAUAUCAACGAGAGUGUCAGGACUGGACAAUGGGUUGGAGACUGCUUCGUCUACACCAACAACACCAACCGCCUGAACUACCUAGUCGGCGACCAAACAUACACCAUCUCGCACUUCGACUCUCCCCACUACGUCCUCGGCUACCUUCCCCGUGACUCCCGCAUCUACGUCGCUGACAAGGACGUCAAUGUCGUCUCCUUUGCCCUCUCCCUCGCCGUCGUCGAGUACCAGACCCUCGUCCUCCGCGGCGACCUCGACGCCGCCGAAGCCAUCCUCGACUCCGUCCCCGCCGACCAAAACAACAAGAUCGCCCGCUUCCUCGAGGGCCAAGGCUACAAAGAACUCGCACUCAAAGUCGCAACCGAUCCGGAGCACCGCUUCGACCUCGCCCUCGCCCUCGGCGACCUCUCCAUCGCGCAAACCCUCGCGCGCGAGCAGGACACGGAACACAAGUGGAAGACCGUCGGCGAUGCCGCCCUCGCGGCGUGGGACGUCGCCCUCGCGCGCGAGUGCUUCCAGCACGCCAAAGACCUCGGCAGCCUGCUGCUCGUCCUCUCGGCCACGGCCGACACGGCGGGGCUCCGCGAGCUCGCGGACCUCGCGCAGGACGCGACCGCCAACAAUGUCGCGUUUGCGGCGCUGUGGCAGCUGCAGGAUAUCGAGGGCUGUGCGACGUUGCUGACGAAGACGGGGCGGUAUGCGGAGGCCGUGCUCUUUGUGCAGACGUAUAUUCCGUCUAAGCUGCCGGCGAUUGCGAAUGCGUGGAAGAAGCAGCUGGAGACGGAGGGGAAGGUGAAGGUUGCGAGGACGUUGGGGGUGCCGGGGGAAGAUGAGGAGAUGUUUCCGGAGUUUGAGGAGUGGGUGAGGUUGGAGAAGAGUGGGGGUGCGGUGGAGGAUCUUAUUGAUGUGGGCGGGGAGGGGGAGGAGGAGGAUCAGGGGGUGCCGGAGGAGGAGGUUGAGGUUGAGGAGGAGGCGGGGGAGGAGGUUGAGGGGGAGGAGGCGUAG